AGCUUUGAGUAAGAGGUACCUACCGUGCCAAGGUUCAUCCGUCCAAUGUUGGUUGCAGUCGGAGGAUGCUGAUUAAUCGCGCCAUCGCGAGUCCCACACUUUGCUCGCGAACCCGAACCUUUUGACACUCGGCGCAACAACCAGCGUCGCGCACUUACAAUGGCGGAUGAUGGAGGUCGUGAGAGUGGCAGUUCAUACGACGCGUCAGACCCUCUGUCAGAUCCGGAGGAGCGGCGGGUGUUGUCUGCUGCGCUGGACUCCUUCCGACAAUACCGACAAGCCGCUCACUACAACAUCACCCAUCUCCGCCGCCUGUCCUUCUACAGCCUGCCCUCAGCCCACAGUGACAUUCUAUCGGAGCCACCGUUCUCGCUGCCAAGUACCCUGAGCGCUGUAGACGAGGCGAUCGAUUCCAACGCCGAUAUUGCUGAGGCCAUCCUCGAAGUCGGGCUGCCAGCGUUUGGUCUAGAUCCGGCCGACGGGUCAUGGAAAGGACAGGCCACGCCAAACGAUCUCGACAAAGCUCGUUCGACCAUACGCCAAUUCUACCGCGACUGGUCUGAUGAGGGCUCUGCGGAGCGCCAUGCGGCCUACUCGCCCAUCUUCACUGCUUUGUCGACUCACCUUCCAGCAAAUAGACCCGCGGACCGCCAUCGACAACGCGUCCUGGUUCCCGGCGCCGGAUUAGGUCGUCUCGUAUUAGAUUUGUGUCUAGCAGGCUACACGGUCGAGGGCAAUGAGAUCUCCUAUCACCAAUUGCUCGCUUCACACUACAUCCUCAACUACACGUCGACUGCGGGACAACACAGACUCUACCCAUGGGCGUUGAACUUUAGCAACCACCUGACCCGCGCACACCAGCUGCAAGCAGUCGCAAUUCCCGAUGUCCAUCCAGCAACGACCUUAGAAACCACUGCAGCCGACACCCAAUCGUCCGUGCAUUACAGCGAACGAAUGUCCAUGACAGCAGGGGAUUUCUGCCAACUGUACAGACAAGCCGAGUAUGAGGGUUCCUUCGAUUCCGUGGUAACGUGCUUCUUCAUCGACACUGCACCGAACAUCAUCAGCUACAUCGAGACGAUUAAGCAUUGCUUAAAACCUGGCGGUGUCUGGAUCAACCUUGGCCCGCUGCUCUGGCAUUUCGAAUCCACGCCCACACCUGCAGAACGCGAGAAGAAUCGACAAUCGCCGCAUGGGCAUUCAGACUCUACACUCUCCACGAACACAAACAGCCAUCACUCAGCACGUGGUAGGAACGAGGGGAUUGGAGAGCCGGGCUCAUUUGAGCUUGCGAAUGACGAAGUACUCGCAUUGGUUGAGCGGUUUGGAUUCGAGAUGUUGGAGCAGAAGCCGGCUCCUGAAACCGGGUAUAUCCAGGAUCCGACGAGCAUGUUGCAGAAUGUCUACCGGCCUGCUUUUUGGGUGGCGAGGAGACGAUGAGCUCAUCUGCAGGGGCUGGGCCAUGGUACAGUGUAGACACGAGGGAGACCUUGUGAGACAUUGCCUGGUCGUGUUUCUCAUUCACGCCAGAUACCUGCAAACCCUUCGAUCCAUCACAAACACUCCUCGACGCCUCGC